AUGGCUGAAACAAGGAAAAGUACAUUUAGUGUUUGGAAGAAGAUAAAAACAGCGAUUAAGAGCUUUACUAAAGGAAAAAAGAAGAUAAAACCAGCAGACACGGAUAAUGCGUAUACUAACACAGAUGAAGAAAUUGUGAAUGAGCAAGAAGAACAGUCAUGGGUGGCUGCUUCUCCAUAUACAGGAGAGUAUGGAAGAAAAUCUCUCAUAUCGUCAUUUCUUAAUAAUGUAGAAGUGAAUGCUGAGACAGAUGCAGAGAGAAUUGCUAUGUUUAUAAAAGAAGCAACGGGGGAAGUUCAAGAAUGGUGGUGCCAAUUGACAGUAAAGCCAUGCAGAUGGGAUGAUUUAAAAAACUGGAUAACUGAGGAUAUGGACAGUGUGGAAGGUAUACAGCGUAUUAGGAGGGAGCACGAGAAUAAUUCUAAAUAUUAUUAA